AUGGCUUCCCUCACUGUUUUCCUCUCUCUCCUCACUCUCUUUUCCCUCCUCUCCCUCGCCCAACUCCAAUCCCCGCCGCCAUCAACUUCCCCACAACCACAGCCUCCACCACCGUCGCCGCCACAGUCUCUUUUGAAUGCAGCAGAGACCCUAUCGAAUUCAGGCUACAACGCCAUGUCCCUCACUUUAAAUCUCCUCCUUGAUCAACCCCGUUUCAUCAGCUUUCCAUCUUCGCUGACCAUAUUUACUCCGCCUGAUUCCGCCUUUGCUGCUGCAGGCCAGCCUUCACUCUCCCUGCUCCUCCUCCACUUCUCGCCACUUUCUCUUUCCCUCGAAUCACUCAGUUCUCUGCCAUUUUCUUCCCCCAUCCCAACCCUGUCAAGAACCCAUGCUUCCGUCUUUAUCACCACCUCAUCCGAAAACCCCACCAAAAUUUCCAUCAACAAUGUUGAAAUUUCCGGCUCACCCGUCUAUGAUGAUGGCUCUGUUGUGGUUUUUGUAGUGGAAAAUUUCUUUGAGCCUAAUUUCGCUCUUCCCGCUCCUCAGUCAGUCAUAAACCCCAACCCAGAAUGCGUGAAAUUCAGCACUUUUUCACGGUAUAAGGAGGCAUCAGGGGUACUAAAAUCAAGGGGUUAUUCAAUUUUUGCCACAUUUCUGGACUUGCAAUUGAUGGGCUUUGUGGAUUCCGAUAAAAUCCCUUCUGAGAAUGAGACAAAACUGACUAUUUUUGCCCCUGUGGAUGAGGCUUUGAUUGGGGAUUCCGCGAAUUUUCUUGAGUAUUCAUCCAUUUUCUUGAGGCAUUUGUUACCCUGUAAGCUUAAUUGGAAUGAGCUCAAUGGGAUUGCAAAUGAGACUGUUUUCAGAAACUAUGUUGAGGAGCUUAGCAUGAAAAUCCAGAAAUCUGGUGAUAAAGUGAUGAUUAAUGGGGUUGAGAUUACUGCUCCAGGAUUAUACGAGAAUGAAGGGAUUGCAAUUCACGGUGUGAGGGAGAUGAUACCAGUAUUGGAUGAUGCAGAUGAGGAUACUGCAGAGACAUCUUUCAUGAAAUUUGAGAAGAAGAAUGUUGAGGGAAAUUGUCCUUCCCCCGAUCGUAGUGAAUUCUGAGCUCUCUGUUUUUCUGUUUCUUGUUGUCGAUUGUAAAUUCAGGAGGUGUUGA